AUGUCAAGCAGAAAAAAGGUUGCCGUCAUCUUUUUCUCAUUCUUUGGACCCGGUGUCAUACUUGGUGCUAUAGCUAUCGCUGCCUAUUUCGCUUGUGUGAGAACUUGGUAAGU